UACAUUUUACUAUAAAUACAAUUUUUGUGUAUAUUUAUUUGCAGACAAAAAAAAAAACAAAACACAUUUCAUUUGUUAUUUAUAAAUUUAGCACAUUAACAUAAAAAAGUACGAGAGAAUGACAGCGCCAAGUGUUUUAUGAGGUACGUGCGCAUCACAGAAUAUUUUCUAAAUCUUUAAUACAAUCCUACGAAUCUUUAAAUUUCAAACCAAACAAGGACUUUCGUAAGGAUGUAGUGAAAAUGAAAACGCAAACGAAUAAAACUAUUAAACGCGGUGAUCGCAUUUUGACGGAAAAACCUUUUGCGUUUGUUUUAAAAUCUAAAUAUCGCAAAGAGAGAUGUGACAAUUGUUUAAGCAGUACUAAAGUUAUGAAAUGUUCCAACUGCCAUUAUGUUUACUAUUGCAAUCGUGCCUGUCAAAUGGAGGCCUGGCCUUUACAUAAAAUCGAAUGUCCAUUCCUUAAACGCAUUUAUCCCCGUACUGUACCAGAUGCUGCUCGUAUGCUGUGCAAGUUGAUUAUAAAAUUAAACAAUGGUGGUGACUUGGAGAAAGGUUAUUAUACAGAAACUUGCUUCAGGAAAUUUAGAGAUUUAAUGUCGCAUUAUCAAGAAAUUAAAAAUGAUCCAAAACGUAUGGAACACCUGGAAUCUUUGUAUGCUAUAUUGUGUGAAAUGAUGCAGGACAGUGUUAUUGUGCCAAAUCAAAUGGAGUUAUUGACCAUUUAUGGACGGCUGGUAACAAAUGGUUUCAACAUACUCGAUGCUGAAAUGAAUUCAAUUGCUACCGCCAUCUUUUUGGGUGUUUCGGUAACCGAUCACAGCUGCAAACCAAAUGCAGUGGCCACAUUUGAAGGUACUACAUUGCACAUACAUGCUACCGAAGAAAUGGAAUGUUUGGAUUGGUCAAAAAUUUUCAUUAGCUAUAUUGAUUUGCUAAAUACCCCCGAGCAUAGGCGUAGAGAUUUGAAGGAUAAUUAUUAUUUCUUGUGCAUUUGCAGUAAAUGUAUAAAUGAUCAAGAAGCUGUGGAAAUGGAAUCAGCUUGCUGUAUUAAUAAGAAAUGUAAUGCUGCCGUAGAUAUAAACUUAAAUAACUGUACAGAAUGUGGUACGGGUAUAAUACCUAGACACCGCAAUACUUUCAAGGAAGUUAUGGCUUUAACUAAGCAGCAGCUAGAAAGUAUGAAAGAUGUGGCUUACUUGGAUGUUUGUAAGGUUUUAAUGAAAAAACAACAAGAAGUUCUUCAUCCCUUGAAUGUGUGGUAUAUAAAAACCUUGGAUGCUGCCUUUGAGGCGGCUAUAGAUGUUGGCAAAUGGCCAGAAGCUUUGGAAUAUGGCAAAAAGUUGUUGCCGGGUUUUCGCAAAUACUAUGGUAAUUGGAAUCCUUUAUUGGGUUUACUUUAUCUAAAAUUGGCAAAGAUCCAAUUACAUGAAUCGUGGCUUAAAGAAGCAUUGGAAAAUUUUGCAGAAGCUCGCAAAAUCCUAGAAGUAACCCAUGGCCGUGAUCAUUCGUUAAUACAAACACAAUUGAAACCCCUGAUGUUACAAGCCAUGGCUGAAAGUUCGGAUUAGAUAACAUUAAUGAUAGUAUUAAUUUAUAGUUGCUUAAAUAUUAGUUAUAGUUAUAUGUAUACAACAUUUGCAUGUCAGAAGUAUAUUCCUGCAAUAAAUAUUUAAAAUAUUCAAA